AUAAACGAGUUUAAAAGAGUUUAUGAUUCCUGCUCGUUUUUCAACAGCUGAACUCUCUCUCUCUCUCUCUCUCUCGAUAACAUGAUUAAGGAUCUAAAAUAUUGAGCGUUGGUGAGAAAGCACAUUCCAAUCUAGUAUCUACCUAGAAGCCCACUGUGCCAAGUAGGGAUUGCCCGGCAUAGCAAACAAUCGUCUGUGAAGAAUCUUGCAACAUUUCAGGAAGUGUAUGUGUUUCAUUCAUUGACAAGACGCGGCCUGACGAGACACACAAGUGCGCCAAUUUACAUAGGUGCUCAGCUUGAGUUUGUGGCUUUUAUCGUUUUUCAGCCCAACGAACAUGAACUACGGGGACUAUCUCAGCGAGUCCGGUUCGAAACGUCGCCCGUCACCUCUACGAAGAUUCAGCAGGAUCGGUCGAGAGUCAACGCGACCUCUGAUCAAUAUGUCGCCGGGGCUACCAAACAAUGAUUUGUGCCAUUUUAUUGGAGCAAAGUUUCACCUCAGAGAUGGUUCGACACUCGAGCUUAGCGAGGAGGAUUGCAAGGUUGCCUAUAAUUACGGAAAUGCUGAUGGGAUUAAACCCUUGCUUGCCUUCUUGAGUGAUCUGACAGUGAACGUACAUCAGCCGCCGACCUACAAAGACAAUGACACGGAGAAACAGCUUCGAGUCAUGGUCAACCCAGGGGGAUGUCACGGAAUAUCAUCGGUUGCCGGAUUGAUACUGUCACCUGGUUCUCUGUGUUUGGUGCAAGAAAGAUCGUAUCCUACAUUUAUUGAAGCAAUCCGCUGCAUAGGGGCGACACCCCUCGGUAUCAAGAUGGAAGAGGAUGGUCCUAACAUGUCUCACUUUAAAGAGCUUCUAUCUGCUUGGGAUCCGAACGAUGAGGAUAAAUGGGCAACGAGACCGAAGCUGUUCUACCUGGUGCCGAAUGGAAAUAACCCCUCGGGGGAGACUGUAUCGCUUGAGAAGAAGAGAGAGAUCUACGCCCUCGCUCAGAAAUAUGACUUCAUCAUCUUAGAAGACGAUGCUUAUUACUUCAUGCAUUAUGAUGGGCCUUCGAUACCAUCCUUUCUCUCAAUGGACGUAGAUGGCAGAGUCAUCAGAUGUGAUUCUUUUGCCAAGAUACUUGGCGCUGGGUAUCGUCUUGGCUGGAUAUCUGGUCCUAAUGCGUUGGUCACUCGACUGCUGUACCAUUUACAGGUUGAUUGCCAACACUCUAGUUUACUUUCACAAGUACUAUUUAGUCGUCAAUUCCAACAAUGGGGUAUCGAUGGUUUUCUACGACACACAGAUACCACACGGGAGUUCUACAAACAAAGAAGAGAUAUCAUUGCAAAAGCUGCAGAAGACCACCUUACAGGACUAGCAACAUGGUCCGUCCCUCGAGCAGGAUUAUUCAUGUGGAUGAAGCUCUUGACAAUCCGAGAUGCCGAAGAGUUUCUCUUAGACCAGGUCCUGAAGAAUGACGUUCUUCUCACACCUGGUAUUAUCUUUCUCAUGGACCAAUCACAGCCUUCGUCUUACAUACGAGUGGCCUUCUCGGUUGGGCCGGAAGAAAACCUAGCAAAGGGACUGAAGAUAUUGGCAGAAACGAUACGAGAGUUCAACAAGACUUCCAAGGAUGAGACAACGAUAGAGGGCAACCAAAAAGGAUAGUUAAGAAAGUGGGAAGAAUGUAGAAAAUCAUGUUGCCAGUAAUUAUAUUUCACUCUAACAUCAAAAUUACAGGAACUUUGUAGUAAAGCAAAGCUAAAUUCUGUCAACAUUAUUUCUCCAAACUAAACUUGUUAAUAAUGUAGUUAGGGACGUAUGGCAGCCAUUUCGAAUAUCAAAAUAAAGCAUUCAUCACAUACAUGACAUAGUUAAUGAUAUAUUUCGUAAUAGCAAUCAUGUUUUCAGACAGUACUUUUAUCACAAUAACUUACAUUUUAGUGCUUUCUCUUAAGAAAGUUAUUUUUCCCCAUUGAUAUUGUACAUAAUAGAGUAAACAGGGGUCUGUGACAGCAAGUUUGAAUAUCAAUGAAAUAACUAUUUAAAAAGAAAAUGUCGGCCGUCACAUGCAAAACGAUGUAUCUGAAAACUUUUACUUUUUCAGGUUUUGACAUUUGGUGGGGUUUUCAGGGAGCGCUUUUCAUUCAUCUUACUCUCAUAAUUACAGGUAUUUUAGUUUUCAAGAUAGCUUGGGCUAUCUGCAGUACUUUUUUCAAAUUUUCCAACUAGUUUGAUGGUAAAAGGAUGUAUCUUACAGAUACACUCCAAAAGUGCCGCAGUAGAGCGCAAUGUUCUUUGGUAAAAAGAUGUAUCUGUUAGUUACACUUUUCUUCCAUCACAAUGAGUGAGCGCACCCAGCUUCGUGAAAUAUGGCAAAAGGAUGUAUCUGCAACAUACAUAUUUUUACCAUAAUUGGUGAGCCACGAACUUCAUAGACUAGUGGAUGGCAAAAAGAUGUAUCUGCAACAUACAAAUUGUGUGCCACGAAAUUCAGAGACUAGUUUAUUGCAAAACAGCGUAUCUGUAACAUACAUCUUUUUCCACAAAUUGUGCCAACAAAAGUCAGAUAUAUAGUUUAUGGUAAAAGUGCGUAUGUGCAAAUUACACCCUUUUACCAGUUGUCAUGUCUUUUAAGUUUUAAAGGCUUGUUUCAUCUGCAGAUACAUCAUUUUGCCAUGAUUCAACCAUAGAAACUAAUCGAUGUAUGUGCAGAUACACCUUUUUGCCAUGAUAUCGCCGUAGGAAUUGUAUAAUGUCUCUGCAAAUACAUCAUUUUGCCAUAAACGUAGGACUAAUGUGGACAAUUGAAUAUUUUGGCUAUAUGCUUUAUCUACAUAAAACAGUUAUUUUGAUAAAAAACAAAGGUUAAAUGUUAUAAAAACUAUUAAGGAAGAUGAAUUCAAUGACAUUCUUAUAAAUCUAACUAAAUUCAACACUGGGAAAUUUUCUUUUGAAGAAAGACAAAAGCUGUUACUUCAAAGUGAUUUUUCUAAGAAUGUGCAUUUUGCAGAUACAUCGUUUUGCCGUAAAACGGCAGGUGCGUUUUCGGACAUUAUUUCGCUCCUGUGUCACAAUAAUAGGCAUUUUACAAUAAGUGUGCAUUUUUUGUUAUUUUUAUGGGCAACGUGCAUAUUUUAGCGGCAUAUUGGAUCUUGCCAAUUUGCGGAAAAUGCUUAAGGUUACGAGAAUGUCAUCAUUCCGAUUUGUAAUUAGCUCCCUUGAAUUGACAAGAAAUCAUAAAAUGUAUGAAAAAACAAGGUCACGCCUCCCCGGCCUGGACUAUUAGGCACCUUUUGCAGGACGACGGAACGGACCUUUACGAAGGUAGUUGAUUUUGGAAGAGACUUUUGGGCCCGUCUUAAAAGACUGUCAUGCAGUGCAAGUUGUGUAACCAGGCGAUUCACUAAACGGCUGUCAAUUUCGAGAGAAAUAAACGUCUUUGUUUCAAUGAGAAAUUAUAUAAUUCCUAAUUCAAAUAACGCUUUUGUUCCAUUUUUUAUUCAGCAAUUUUAUAAUCUAAAUAAAUCAUGAUACUGAUGGGGGUUCCUGACAUGGAUCAUAAUUUUGCAGAUUCUAAUCAAUGGAGGAAUUGCAUUUAGCACAGUGUAGUGGUCAAAAAAUAUAAUUUCAUUUUUAGAUAUUUAUCUCAAAUAUACAAUAUUAUUCAAACUAACGCAAUAUAAUUAUUAUAAACAUAAUUUGCGCUGAUGGAAAUGAUGUCCUAUAUGAUCAUGGUCAUAAUGUAAUUCAUACUGGAGGAAAUAAUAAGCGGUCGAUAAUGCAGUAUUCCUUCUGAGUAAUUUUUACUAAAUUAUAUUAAGAUACCUGAAGCAAACCAGAUGUAUGCAUACAUAUUUUACCCUAACGGAAAUUAUGUCCUAUAUAGUAAUGUAAUUCCAACGCAAUCGAUAAUGCAGCGUUCCCUCUUGGUAAUUUUUACUGAAACAAAUUAUAUUCAGAUACGAGAAGCAAACAAGACAUUAUGCAUGCAUAAUUUGCAUUGAUGGAAAUCAUGUCCUAUAUCAUGUAUAUAUUAAUGUAAUUCAUAUAGUAUGAAAUUGUACACGGACGAUAAUGCAGUAUUCCCUCUGAAUAGUUUUACUGAACCAAAUUAUAUUAAGAAACAACAGCAAACGAUACAUAUGCAUGCAUAAUAUGCAUUGAUGGAAAUUAUAUCCUAUAUAAUGAUGUAAUUCAUAUUAAAGGAAUAUAUACAUGG